AUGUCGGAUCGGGAGCUCCGCCCUCUGCGCUCCAUCAGAAUCACAGGGGACGGUCGAUGCCUGUUCAGGUCCGUCGCUUAUGGCGCCUGCUUGAGGAGAGGAAAGCAUCCUCCGAGCGACAGCGCCCAGAAGGAACUGGCUGACGAGCUUCGAGCCAAAGUAGCUGACGAGUUUGUCAAGAGAAGAGGAGACACUGAAUGGUUCCUUGAAGGCAACUUUGAGAAUUAUGUGAGACAGAUGAGAAAGCCUCAUGCUUGGGGAGGAGAACCUGAGCUGUUCAUGUGUUCCCAUGUUCUCAGGAUGCCCAUCACCGUUUACAUGUAUACAAGCAGCUCUGAUGGCCCUAGGAUUAUAGCAGAAUAUGGCCAGGAAUAUGGAAAGGACGAUCCAGUCCGCGUUCUCUAUGACGGUUAUGGACACUACGACGCACUUCAGCCAUCUGUUGUAAGAACACAAUCAAGACUGAUGCCAUGA